UUUUUAUUUGGCCUCUAACUGUCGUACGGGGCGCUCCGAAGAGUAUAUACAUAGCGCGGAAUAUAGAGAUAAAAUCGGUUUUGUUUGUUUAGCUCGAGGCGAUAAAAAUAUGUACGGGUGGAUGAAGACGUUGGUCCAGUUGUCGGCGCUGCUGGUGGCGGUGGAUUGCGGGAGGAUGAGGACCAGCUUCGAAGUGGGCCACAGGCAUCCGGCGGAGAACCUCGUCGAGCACGCGGAGGAGAAGGGCCGAGGCUCGCCGGAUUACUCCCUCAGCUUCAGCAGGACUUACGUCGGUGACAAUUACCAAGUAAUCACUAUGGUGGCUGUAAAGGACGUGAUAGCCAGCGGAGGUGGCGCUUACGCGGCAAUCGUCGCAGGUGGACCCGGACAGACUUACGUCACUUUGACCUACACGGUUUUGAGACACGCCGAUUUUCACUACGAGGUGAAGGUCUAUGGAAAACCACCGGCUUUUCACAAGAUUCCCUGAUGAAGGUCAUCGCCGUCAUCUGUUUUCUUACGUCUUCUUAUAGUUUUUCUGUUAGUAGGCAAUAUAUAUAUAUAUAU